CGAACUUUGAACAUUUGACGACGCCAUCCAAAGGCGCGCCAUCGCGAUACCAUUGAUCUCCAGCGACGCCUUCCUUCGUAGACAAAAACCUCUUCCCGCCAAUCCGGACCUAAACCGCCAAAAUGUCUAUGUUCAGGGCCAAGAAGCUCGACUUGGGCUGCAUAAUCCGUACCAGGAUCGUGCGUGACCACACCAAGCGCAAAACUUUUGAGGCGUUCGAGCCUGAGAGGCAAGCCCUCCGCUACAUCAUUCGCAACACGACUUUGCCGCCACGAACCAGGGCCGAGGCCCAGCUCCAACUGACGCAGAUGCACGCAUACACGAGGCCGACCCAGAUCAGGAACAGGUGUAUACUGGGAGGAAAGACGAGGGGUAUAUUUAGGGACUUUAAGAUGUCGCGUUACAACUUCAGGUUGCAGGCAUUGGCGGGAUCCAUCCCGGGUGUGAAGAAGGCUUCAUGGUAAAACGAAUUGGAUGUUGGAUUGCUGGUGGGAGAGGCGCUUGCCGUGGGCGGUAUAGGGCCUGGUUCUGGCAGGGCGAAAUACGCGCCGCUCGAGGGUAUGCAGGCUCAGGGCAGAAAGACCGAAUUUCGGUGGACCGAAAACCCAGCCGUAUCGUUGCAGCACGGUUCGAAGACAAGCAGAGCGCUGCUUGCGUGUACAAUUACCUGUAUCACAAUAUCAAGGAGAUGGAAACUAGACCGCGCGGCUAUCUGCAUUGCUCCCGUCGCGCUCCUAUCAGACUGUGUUUGCUCGUUUGUAUUUUGGGGACAUGAGGCCAGCUGCUCAGUUUGCGCACCUACUCUAUUCAAGUACUCUGUGCUUGUUUUCUGGGUGCUUUCAUAUUUCAGCUUUAUUUUCGCGCAACGGCCUGGAACGCCUCACAUUCACGUCACCACCACUUGGCCGGCAUUCUUCCUUUUGAUACUCCUAAC